ACGACUGUCUUCCUAGGAUAAUGCAAUAACAAGUUUUUUUCUAUGUUCAGUUCUAGAUUUAGUCUUUAGGUGAGGAUUGUAGGCUUCGCUUGUUUUGAGGAUGCAUAACACUCAACCAUAAGUACCUAGCUACUACCUUAUGGCAGUUUCCAGCUUUCGUUCGCUUGACAACUGUGGAACCAAUGAGAUAUAACCAACACUUCCAGAAACUGCGAGGACUGUAAGCGCAUAACUCGUUACUGUCCAAUCAUUCUCUUUGCAGCCAACAUUUCAAGGCAGGCUGCUGUUAGAGUGAAACGUGGACACCCGCUGGAGGCCGCUGACAUAAAACCCGUUCUCGGAACUUCAAAAAUUCAACAAAGGCAUAUUUCUCAAUUCCCAGCCUUACACAAUACUUAAUCUCAUCUACCCACACCCAAACAAUCUAAACUCCUUUACUUCUAAACCUCAUAUUAUCAUUUCUCCAGAGAAAAAACAAUCGUCAAAAUGAAUUAUUUACCCAAGGUGAAUUAUACCGCCGGGGCUAAAGCUGCCGCUGAAGGCGCGACCAAAGCCGCUACAUUAGCUGCUAAAUGGGCGGCUGCGAACCCUAAGAGCGCCGUAGCGUACGGCGUCGGGGGCACUGCCCUAGCAAUUCCAGCUAUCAUUGCUGGCCCCGCACUAGCGGCCGCUGGCUUCGGUGCCAACGGAAUCAUCGGAGCAUCGCUCGCAUCCGGCGCUCAAGCCGCGGUCGGAAACGUUGCCGCCGGAAGCUUGUUCGCGACUUUACAGAGCGCUGGGAUGGCGGGAUACGGGGCCGCGAUCGUCAACGGGGUUGUUCAGGCUGGGGGCGCGGCUGUUCUAGUUGCUACAGGAGGUACUAGCGCUCUAAUGUCCAAAGCGGGUAAGUGCCCCCGAAAGAGUGACCUGGUUUUAAUUGAGAAAACGUGGGAUUCGCUAAGAUCAAAUCUCAAGGAAGAUUCUGGUGACUGUCCCGGUACUUCAGAGGACGGCACAGGCCCGACUGCGGUAGAAGAUGCGCUAGCGAAUAGCUGGUCCAGCAUCCCGCUCGACUUAAUCAACGACUUAGUCGCCUCCACGCCGCAGCAGAUCGAGGCGUUCUCGAAGAACGAUGGGAGUACGGGAUAUUAAGAUUUGUACGCUGGUCACAGAAAUGUCUUCUUAGGAAGAAAGAGAAGAAAGGAAGGCUAAAUUGAGGAAGUCCGGUUCUACUUAUGUAGAUAGCUCAUCAGGUUUACAGAAAUGGAGAGAUUAUAGCCUAU